AUGGAGAAAUAUACCGGUCUACAAUCCGAACCUAAAUUAGAAAAUUGUGGCACGAAAAAUCCAGGAUGUCGUGUCGUCGUGACCGGUCACAGUUUAGGAGGGGCGAUGGAAUCUCUGUUCGUCUACUUUAUGACAAGCCUGGAUCAAUUUCCUUUCACGAAUUACGCCUUGGUAACUUCCGGUCAGCUGAGAACGGGAAAUGUUGAAUAUGCCGAUUACAUGAAUUUCCUGGAUAUUCCGAUGAAUAGAGUGGUCGCGAGGGCAGACAUAAUUCCCCACCUCGGUCCUGUCAGCGCCCUAGGAGUCUUUGACCUCCUCACGGGAAAAAAUUGCGUGCAUCAUGGACAGGAAGUCUGGAUUAAUGGGGAGGAAAUAAACUUUUGUUCGAAAACGGUCUACGAGGAUCCCAACUGUUCCAACUCACUGGGACCGCUUUACACCGUUUUGGACCAUCUUCAAUAUUUUGAUGCGGAUAUUUCUGCCUGCUACUUGGUCGAGGGAUGGCUGGACAUUGACCUCGUGAGUGUGGAACGAUUCACCCGGACCAGCUUCCUCCCACUGAUGCCCACAGUGAUGCGAGGGAUUUUAAUAGGGCUAGUGCAAGGAGGGUAUCAAUGCAUAUUGCCAAUUUUGGAUAAGGAAUGUUUUUGA